UUGAAGGAGACAUGGAACAUUUUGGAAGACUGCUGACCAUAAGCUAUAUAUUUUUUUUGUUCUCAAUAAUAGUCUGCUCCUCUGAUGUGGAUGUCGUUCAGGAGGACAACGUAAAAAUAGUUCGAGCAGGAGAGGAUGUGAACCUUACUUGCACAUUUUCAAAAAGUAUGCAAUCAUCAAAAGCAUGGUUUAAACAGACGACUGAUGGAAAACCUUCACAAAUUGUUUCUUUAUAUUUAAACCAACAACCCAGCUGGAAUGAGGACUUUGUGAAGACAAAGCGUUUUGAUGUUUCUAAAGGAGAUGAUCAUUUUAAUCUGACCAUUUUAAAGACAAAACCUUCAGACUCAGCAAUGUAUUUCUGUGUAGUCUCAUCAUAUCAUAUCAUUGGCAUGGGUCCAGGCACUAGAGUGUUUGUCAGAGAUGCAGCUGUGGACAGACACACAACUCUUCAGCAGUCUUCGGUAGACACGCUUCGUCCAGGGGAUUCUGUGAGUUUGCAGUGCAGCAUCUUCACUGAGAGCUGUGCAGGAGAACACAGUGUCUACUGGUUCAGACAAAGCUCGGGAGAGUCUCAAGGAGUCCUUUACACCAAAGGAGAGAGAAACGGUCAGUGUGAGAACAGAACGGAGUCUCGAACACAGAGCUGUGUCUACAAUCUCUUCAAGAGCAACGUCAGUGUCUCUGAUGCUGGGGUUUAUUACUGUGCUGUGGCUGCAUGUGGAGAGAUACUCUUUGGAAAAGGAGCUGAACUAAAUAUCACAGUCUGCUCCUCUGAUGUGGAUGUUGUUCAGGAGGAUAACGUAAAAAUAGUUCGAGCAGGAGAGGAUGUUAACCUUACUUGCACAUUUUCAAAAAGUAUGCAAUCAUCAAAAGCAUGGUUUAAACAGACGACUGAUGGAAAACCUUCACAAAUUAUUUCUUUAUAUUUAAACCAACAACCUAGCUGGAAUGAGGACUUUGUGAAGACAAAGCGUUUUGAUGUUUCUAAAGGAGAUGAUCAUUUUAAUCUGACCAUUUUAAAGACAAAACCUUCAGACUCAGCAAUGUAUUUCUGUGUAGUCUCAUCAUAUCAUAUCAUUGGCAUGGGUCCAGGCACUAGAGUGUUUGUCAGAGAUGCAGCUGUGGACAGACACACAACUCUUCAGCAGUCUUCGGUAGACACGCUUCGUCCAGGGGAUUCUGUGAGUUUGCAGUGCAGCAUCUUCACUGAGAGCUGUGCAGGAGAACACAGUGUCUACUGGUUCAGACAAAGCUCGGGAGAAUCUCAAGGAGUCCUUUACACCAAAGGAGAGAGAAACGGUCAGUGUGAGAACAGAACGGAGUCUCGAACACAGAGCUGUGUCUACAAUCUCUUCAAGAGCAACGUCAGUGUCUCUGAUGCUGGGGUUUAUUACUGUGCUGUGGCUGCAUGUGGAGAGAUACUCUUUGGAAAAGGAGCUGAACUAAAUAUCACAGAUCAUAUGAAUUCAACUCUUCUUGCUCUUGGAAUUUUUAACAUAAUUUUUUUGGCCCUUGCUGUUUUUCUUGGGGUAAAACUAUGCAUGGGUCAGAAUAAAGCACCCAAACCCCCAGAAAGUGUAAAUGAAGACUCGCUGAAUUAUGCAGCCAUUAGUUUCAGUCAAAAACCUUUGAACACUAGAAGAGCCAAAGCAAAGAUCUGUCAGGACCAUUCUCUGUACGCACAGGUCAAAUCACACCAGUGACAUUCAGAGGUUUAGAGGAUUAUUUGACUGAUACGCUGUAGGAAAUCUUUCCAUCAUUGUCACAUAACAACAUAUUUAGUCGCAUAUGUCGAACUUGUCGAAAUAAUUUCUAAUCAAUUCUACUUAUCUUUAAAGUAUAAUCAAGGAUAUUUGGUGUAAAGAAUUAUCACCGCUGACACAAAUUUGAUCUUCAUUUGAAUUUUGGCACCAAUUACAAAUAUACUAAGCAACUAUUUUCUAAAUUUGUUAUGUAUUAUAGUUAAAUUUAUAAUGCCCAUAAGUAUGUCUGGAGUGUUUUGUUACCUCAGAUAACAGUAGCUAACAAUGCCAUUAAAAUAUCGAUUGCAAGUUACAGGUGGUAAUUUUAAAUAUAUACUAUUUUAUUUAAAUGUUACUGUGCCAUUUAGAUGCUGUACUGUUGAAGAUAUAUGUUAUGAUAUAUUCCGUAACAUGUUCGGUAACAUAAUUUUGUGCAUGUUUGUUUCUUUCACAUCUUUUAAAUGAAUAAAUGUAUAUGCGCAUGUCAUCUGCAUUUAUUCAUAUUCCCGUGCACUGUCCUAUUGUGGUGUUUGCAAUUCAUAGGAACACUGAGGACUGAAAGAACCUGAUGGGGGAAAAUGUAUCGUUUUUUGUAUCUUUUAUUCAAAUGAUAGGCUCCUGCACAUUUUGUCUUUGACUACAAGAAUAUUUCAAACAUUAACGAGCUGAAUGCUGAAUUGAACACAUGGUCUCUACUGCCGCCUAGUGAAAAGAACAUUUAUACUGUGCUCCUGCUUUAAAAGUUAUUUACUGUUGCACAACACAGUUCUCAGCUUUUUCUAGACAACGGCAAACAUGGGAAAAUCAGAAGUCAAUUACAUGCUUAUUUAAACAAAUAUUACUUUUUUUGUGUGUGCUUUUGCAGUCAAUGUUGCUGUACCAUUGUCAUAAAG